AUGCAUCGUCGAUCACCGUCUCGUUUGCUCGAUGCUAUCAUGGCAGCUACAGAAGGUUAUCACUCAUCUGUUUUUCUCUAUGGACAAACGGGCACGGGAAAGACGUAUACAAUGCAGGGUGGACGAGGAGAUCCAGGUAUCAUACAGCUAAGUGUGCAGGAUAUCUUUGAGCAUAUUGCACAGCAUCCGAGUAUGGAGUUCUUGCUGCGCUUUUCGUAUUUGGAAAUUUACAACGAACAGAUUCACGAUUUACUUGCGGCGGGAGCAAAAUCCGACAUCAAAAUCUAUGAUGUCCACAACCGAGGAGCUACACGAAGCGAAAACAAUCGCGAUGGGUUUGUUACCAAGGACGUAGUAAUUAAAGGAAUACGUGAGGAGAUUGUGCUGUCUACAGAGCACGUGCUUUCGCUUGUGGAAGUGGGAAAUUUGCACCGUCACAUGGCUAUGACCGAAUCAAAUGAUCAAUCUUCUAGGUCUCAUGUGGUUUUCCGAAUGGUGAUUGAGAGCCAAGCGAAACGGAAUAGUCGAGACCGAGGCGAAGUCACGCCAGUGCGCUCCGCAACCUUAAACAUUAUCGAUCUAGCCGGUUCUGAAAGCGUCCGACUCGCCAACACCACAGGGCAGUCGUUAGAGGAAGGUAAGUUUAUCAACCGCAGUCUGCUUACGCUCGGACACAUCAUCUGGAAGCUCAGUCGCGAUCGACACAGGACAGGGCUCGGUAGUAAUCAAACUCCCAGCACACCGCAUCUGCCGUAUCGCAAUUCUAAGCUCACUCGACUUCUGCAACCGUCGUUGGGUGGCCAAGCACAAAUCGCGAUUGUUUGUACUGCAUCACCAUCAGUCGAGUGCUUAGCGGAAACGCACAACACGUUGAAAUUUGCAAGUCGUGCACGAAGGGUGCGCAAUCGUGUGGUUGUAAACGAAAGUCUGGGCGAGUCAGCAUUGCUGCGAAAGUAUCGAGCUCGAAUACAAAAACUGGAAGAACAGCUUCAUCAUUUACAGAUACGUCAGCGACCAAGAGAUUCUACCCAAAUGAGCAGUUCCAAUCAAACGACGCUGAACGAGCGCCAGAUGGAGCUCAAAUUUGCCAUCAACAACAUUAACAGGGUGAUCCUGAAUUCCUCGCAAGCACAAGAGCGACCUGACGAGGAGGAGCUUGCGUCUGUGGAUGAAACCACAUUUCCUGCAAUGGUAACACCCCCUGGAGCUGUAGAAGUACGUCAGCCACCAUUACCUACUCAGUCGACUCGACGAGGUGAAUACGCCACAGGUCAAACACAACGAAAACCAACCCCGAGGCAAGUUGCAGCUCGACAAGAAGCGGAGGAGAUAAAACUUCAUCCUUCUCAGACGCAGUCGAGGGCAGCAUCUCGGCCGUUACUGCGCAAAACACCAGUACACAGUACUAGUAGUGUCAGUCUUAAUCAACCUGAUCCGAAAGAAGAAGAAGAAGAAGAAGAAGAAAAAGGCAGGGAGGACGAGAAUCAUGCACGUCGUCGACUCGUUCAGACGACAAGCUCCGUCAACACAUCAAAUAAGACACUGAUUGGGAGUGGUGGGAGUGCAAGCACAAAGACUCUACCGCUCUCAUCCUCGUCAUCUCGACACCUCACGGACAAUGAUAAUGAUAUGGCAGAGACCAAAGAAGAAGAAGAAGAUAGUGAACCUGAGCAUGAAAAAGAUGGACUGCAGGCGACUCGGUUCUAUCCAGAAGCGAUUACGCAAGACGUCGUUAUUGAUCCAGUGCCUUCAAUUGCUCCAUCCUCAAGAGCAUUGACUAGCACUAGUCGUCCGUCUCUUACGUCAAUGCUCAUGACAAAGUACGUGAAUGAAUUAUCAAAGAUGAAUCAACGAACAGGACGGUGGCAAUAUACAAAUGAUGACGAGCUAUUCAAACAGAAAGAUUUGCUCUCAGAAUUUGUCCGUGGACUGGAAAUUGCUCAUGCUGAACAGGAGACACGAAUGAGCAAAAUUCGAGAAUUAGAGUUGGAAAAUCGUCGACUACGUCAAGUUGUACAGACGUUUGACGCGUGA